GAAGAAGAAGAAAAACGACGCCGGCAUCCCACUAACCCACAUUCCCCUGCAGUCCGAAGGACAGGAGGUUGUAAAAGGACGUGCAGAUUUCAGUUAAACCCUUAAGGACACAAAAAAAUGGUAACAACUGGCGUGUAUUUGUGAUCGUGCUUUAAAAUGACAGGUGACUUUAAUAUCCGUGUAAUGAAACUGCAUCAUACUUGCAUAUGGUGGCAGACAUAAGCGAAGGUCUGAAUGUGUUUUACUGUAAUGCUGUACGUGUCCAUCCGGACCUUAUAGCACCGGUAACGGGGUGGAUACCGUUCCAUCAUGGCGCACAAAUACCAGGUGAAGUCUAACAUGAAGAGCAUGGAGCGGGAACUCCAGUGCCCAGUGUGUAAGGACAUUGUGAAGCAGCCGGUGGUUCUGCCUUGCCAGCACAGCGUCUGUUUGCUGUGUGCAUCCGAGGUGCUGGUCCAGAGCGGAUAUCCUCAGCCUGAGCUGCCCCCGGAGCCCCAUUCUCCUGCUUCCACACCAAACACACGCUCACCACGCCAGGCCCACCGGUUUGUAGAUCGCCCGUUGCGUCCCGGUUUUGGGACAUAUCCAGGGCGCAGGCGUAAGGAGGGCUUGACCCAGAUCAUGCUCUUCCCUUGUGUGCCCUGUGGUCGAGAUGUGGAACUGGGAGAGAGAGGACUGGUGGACUGUUUGAGGAACCUCACACUGGAGCGCAUAGUGGAAAGGUACAGGCACACAGUAAGUCUGGGUAGUGUGGCUGUGAUGUGUCAGUUCUGUAAGACUCCUCAGACUUUGGAGGCCACUAAAGGCUGUGCUGACUGCAGGGCGAAUUUCUGUAAUGAGUGCUUUAAGCUCUACCACCCAUGGGGUACUCCACGUGCUCAGCAUGAACAUGUACAGCCCACGCUCAACUUCAGACCCAAGGUGUUGACAUGUACAGAGCAUGACCAGGAAAAGUUACAGUUCUACUGUAAAACAUGUCAGAGGCUCCUCUGCUCCCUCUGUAAGCUGCGUCGUGCUCAUGCAGGCCAUAAAAUUGCCCCUGUCAGCCAGGCAUACCAGGCACUCAAGGAAAAAAUCAGCAAGGAGUUAAACUACAUUCUGUCCAAUCAGGCUAUGGUACUGACUCAAAUCACACAGCUGGAGAAUGCCAUCACCCAGACUGAGGUGAACAGUGUUGCAGCCCGGGAACAGCUCUCUCAGUGUGUGAGGGAGAUGAUAGCUCUGCUUUCGGAGCGGCAAGUCAUCCUGGCUCAGGCCCUGGAAAACUCGCGCCAGAGGCGGAGCGAGGCUUUAGCCAGUCAGGUAGCAGAGAGGCGCAGCUUACUGGAACAUGCUGGCCUAAUGGCAUUUACCCAGGAGCUGCUGAAAGAGACAGAUCCAGCCUGCUUCGUACAUGCAGCCAGGCAUACAUAUAACAGGCUGGCCCAGUCAAUUCAUUCACUGCAGAGUUUCUCUCUCUCUGCUGAUCCUUCAUUUCGACACUUUCAACUGGACAUCUCCAGAGAGCUUAAACUUCUUACUGACCUAAACUUUAUUCAAGCUCCUUUAGCCCCCGUGAUUGACACCCAGCACACUCUGGCCUACGAUCAGCUUUUCCUGUGCUGGCGACUGCCGCAGGAGUCCUCCCCGUCCUGGCAUUUCUCUGUGGAGUACCGUCGCCGGGGUGUGGUGCCAGGGGGUGGGACAAGAGCUGGCCUCCGUGGGGGUUUGGCUGGAGCCCGCUGGGGCUGGCAGAGAUUAGACGAGGUCACUGGAUCCAGCGCAGUUAUCACCAGCUUGGAGAUGGACAGCGUGUACGUGCUCAGAGUGAGGGGCUGCAAUAAAGCCGGCUUUGGAGAAUACAGUGAAGAAGUGUACUUACACACUCCCCCAGCUCCAGUACUAAAUUUCUAUUUGGACUCACGUUGGGGUCUACAUGCUGAUAGACUAGUGGUGAGUAAAGAGCAGCGCUGUGCCCGCAGUGUGCCAGGCCUCUCUCUUCUGCAGGCAGCUGACCGAGCCCUAACUUCCUGUCAUCUGACCGCUGACCUGCUGGUGGGUGACGUGGCUGUCACCCAGGGUCGUCACUACUGGGCAUGCUCAGUGGAGCCUGGAUCAUACUUAGUUAAGGUUGGUGUUGGUCUGGAGUCAAAGCUUCAGGAAUGGUUCCAUCUGCCACAAGACAUGGCCAGCCCACGGUAUGACCCAGACAGUGGCCAUGACAGUGGGGCAGAAGAUUCUUCAGACUCUCUGCCCCCUUUCACUUUCCUCACAAUGGGCAUGGGUAAGAUCUACCUACCCGCCUCUGCUAAUGCCCACCAUGGGACUGUCAAUCACAGGGACAUCUCCAAUGGCAACAGCCCGUCCUCGCCGGCUGGCGUCACUUAUCCACUCCCUCCCAGGCUGGGGGUGUGUCUGGAUGUCGAGAAGAGCCGUGUCACCUUUUAUGAUGCUCAUUCUCUCCGCCCACUCUGGGAGGGUCCAGUUGACUGCUCUGCUCCCGUCUGUCCCGCCUUUUGCUUCAUUGGAGGAGGGGCUCUGCAGCUACAGGAGCUGGUGGUGAAUCGCAACGCGGACCAGACACCCGUCAGAAGAGUCACCAUCCAAUCCCGGGUCACUAAAAUGAGUUGAGGUAGUUAACUGGGUGACAUCUCAGUAACUCCAGGCUAUCUUAAUAAUGUUGUUUUUAUAUUUCAUAUUUACAAAUGAAUCAUUUUUAAUUGCACUGAAUAUGCAAUUCAGAUCAACUUUAUUAUUAUUAUUAUUAUUAUUAUUAUUAUUAUUAUUUGCUAGUUUUACACUAUUUUUGAUAGGGCUUUAUUGCUUUACACAGCUUGUGAAUUAAUGUAAAAAAAAAAAUCAUGAAAUGACUCUUGUGGCCUAUAACUUCUUUAUCUGUAUGUAACUAUAGCUGUAAAUAGAAUUUCUUUCCUCUACUCUUUAGUACACCUCAAGGGUUUUGAUAAUAAUUUCUCUCUGGUGUAAUCAAAAAUGAUUUCUAGCUUUAAUCUUGUUACACAACUCACAUACCGGGCCUGAGUGUUAGAUGUACAUCCAUCAUUCCAGUGACUCGAAAAACCAAAGUCAGUUUUGUUCUCUUCAUUUUCAAUUCCGUUGCCAGCUGAUCUUUGGUGUUGUCUACAGAACCAGCAGAGUUGAUGCGUAUCUACUAUCAGAAUGUACAGAUUACAUACGGCUAAUACACUGAAUGAGAUAUUUAGGUACAUAGAAGAAGAACAUAGGCUGUAAAUAUAAACCAGCUACAUAAAACUUGUUACUGUCAAAGUUCAUUGAGAUGCUUAGUUUAAUUUGCUGUGUAGAAAGACCUUUAUUUCUUUUCAGUGACAAGAAUGGAGUAGUAGCAUUCUGGUUACAGAGUUAAUGCUGAACAUUCUAUUGCUUUACUAAAGAAAUAUGUAAGAGACAUAUGUAUGAGAGUAUAAUGUGAGUAUGCUACCUCAUCCUCAUUAUGUAGAUGAGGAAAGGUGUGUGUGUGUGUGUGUGUGUGUGUGUGUGUGUGUGUGUGUGUGUGUGUGUGCAUAUAACCUCAUACUUUUAUGCAAUUUCUAGCUUGUAGAUCAUAUUUUUAACAGAAAGACAGUGGGCUUGAUUUUGCUGUACU